AUGGAAAAGUUCCCAAAAGAUCAUCCUCUCUUCCCCUUGCCCUUUUCAGACGGGGUGCAUCUGCGCAUACUGGUCAAAAUUGCAGCCAUGGCUCCUCUUCUGUUGCACUGCGUUUUUGAUGGAGACCACAUCUACGGUGCCGAUUCGCAGCGUCUGGUAGAGACAGAGAACGAAAGAAAACUUGUUGUCGAGUUUUCUUCACCCAAUAUUACCAGCGAAUUUCAAGGCAAGCACCUGCGUAGUACCAUCAUUGGAGCCUUUAUAAGCAGGUUGUAUGAACUCAAUGCCUGGAAUGUCAUACGGAUCAACUACCUCGGUGAUUGGGGAAAGCCAAUCGCUCUCUUGUACGUGGGCUGGAAGAAGUUUGGCUCACAAGGGGCAUACGAUGUUGAUCCUGUCGGGCACCUCCUGGAAAUCUAUCACCAGAUCGAAGCCGAAUUUCAGCCCGAACAAGCAGCAAGCAGAAAGGCACGUGACGAAGUGGCCAAGGAAGGCAAAGAUGAGGGCGAGGCACAAGCGGAGAUUGAGAGCAAAGGUAUCUUUGCUGAGCGCAACGAAGCCUUCAAGAAGUUGGAAGCAGGAGAUGAGGAACUGAAGGCCUUCUGGGAGCGGGUCCGAGAUGUCAUGGUAGCAGACUACACCGGCUUCUACGGAAGGCUAGGCGUCCGAUUUGACGAGUAUUCUGGCGAGUCUCAAGUCAACGCCGAGACCAUGGGCCGAGACAAGAACAUAUCUGAAGAGAGCUCCGGCGCUUGGAUGAUAGACAUGACGAAGCUUGGAGCUAAGGCCGGUCAUGCUAUUGUGCGCGACCGGAGUGGCAGCAGCACAUAUCUUUUGCGAGAUCUAGCAGCAGUGUUCGAGCGGUCGAGAAAGUACGGGUUCGACAAGAUGAUCUACGUGGUAGCAAGCGACAACAGCGUCCACUUUACCCAGGUGUUCAAGAUCUUGGAGGCUCUGGACAAAGACAUUGCAGCAAAGCUGAAACAUUUCAAGUUCAGUGAAGUGUCGAAGAUGGCCAGCACUCUCGGAAAGGGUUACAAACCGGAGAACAUUCUUGACAAAUGCGAAGAGGCAAUCGCAACACCCCCAGAGGCGGAUUCAGAGAAGGCGGCCUUGCUGGGUACCUCUAAACAAACCCAGAAGGGUCUUGCGGUCUCAGCUUCACUUGUACAGGAGCUGUCUUCCCGUACAUCAACCGUCCAUGCCUUCGAUACUGGGUCGAUGGCGGCAUUCAAGCUUGGCUCUGGUCCGGAUCUACAAUACUGGUACGCGAAAAUAUCGACCAUGCUAUCUGGCCAGACCGUAUCAGCAGCCUUAUCUAACGAGGAUAUUGAAGGACUGGCGGAUGAAGAUCAAGCCAAUCUCCUGAGAGUCUUGGCACAAUAUCCGGAGGUCGUGAAAGCGACUUUCACUUCACUCGAAGCCUCUGGCAUCGUAACAUACCUCGCCAGUAUCACGGAGCAGCUGUCCGAUUGUCUCGAUGAAGAAGACGGCGAGAUCGAAACAACGCCGGGACUCGCAGCUUUGCUGGAAGCUACCAGGAUCGUGCUCGGCAAUGGUAUGAAGUUGUUGGGCCUCAACCUACUGUUUGAUUCGCCGCAGGAGCGUGCUGAUACGCCUGUUGCUGAAUAA